GGAAACGCUGAUUGACACUGAAUAGGAGGCUUCCUAGUCGAAGUGCUCCGUCCCGGAGUAGGGCGAGAAGGCCUGGGAGGAAGUUCUUUCUGACGUCACUUCCUGUCCAUCUUCGUUUGCGCUCUGAUGGCGUGGCUACUUGGACUUUCUUUUUGUCUCUUCUUUCCUUCUUGUGGCAGCAUUGGGAGCUGAGGCUCCUCCUGCUUUCGUCCUUCCGUCUGACCUAAUGCCUCCUGCGGCAUCGUCCUGCUCCUGCGUCUCCUAGAGAGUUGAGCUGCCCCCAGGAAUCGGAGGUGUGCACUGAGGGGAACCGGCUGACCGGCCCUGCCUCGGGGGUCUGUGUGGGCGCAGGGCCGGACGAUUCUCUUGGCAGGUGCCUGUUCUGCCUUCCGAGCCUCGGUCUUUCUUCAGGAGGACGGGAUGGCCCCCGUAUUCCUGACAGCGCCAGGCUUCCAAGUCCAGAGGGAAUUGGUAACAUUCAAGGAUGUGACAGUGGAUUUCACCCAGGAGGAGUGGGGAAACCUUGACACUUCUCAGAAGGAAUUAUACAGGGAUGUGAUGUUAGAGAACUAUAAGAACCUUGUCUUCUUAGGACUUACAGUUUGGAAACCAGAUGUAAUUUCUCAUUUGGAAGAAGGAGAAACACCUUGGAUACAGGACCCAGAAGUACCUUGGAGCACCUGUCCAGAUUGGGAUACUGGGCCUGGAACUAAUCAGUUAACUGAGAAAAGACUCAAAAGGGAAAAUUCCUAUGUCUUUAAAUUGGGAGAUGCAUUGGAAUACUAUGUCAAUUUGCAGAGGCAGGAGCAGAACCAUGAGGAGAAGCAUUCUAGAAUUCCUAUUGGAGAAAAUCUUCAUAAAAAUCAUGAAUAUACCAAGGCCUUCUGGAACACACACAUGGCCAAUCAUCAAACAGUUCAUAAUAGAGAGAAGCCUUAUGAAUGUAACUAUUGUGGAAAAGCCUUCCGCUCAAGUUCAUACCUUAUUCAACAUCAGAGAACUCAUACUGGGGAGAAACCUUAUGAAUGCAAUGAUUGUGGAAAAACCUUCCGCUGGAGCUCACAAUUUACUCAACAUCAAAGACUGCAUAGUGGAGUGAAACUUUAUAAAUGUAAUGAUUGUGGGAAAGUAUUCCCGAAUAGAACAUACCUUACUGAACAUCAGAGAAUUCAUACUGGAGAGAAACCUUUUGAAUGUAAUGAUUGUGGGAGGACCUUCCGCUGGAGCUCACAGUUUACUCAGCAUCAAAGACUGCAUACUGGAGUGAAACUUUUUAAAUGUAAUGAUUGUGGAAAGGUAUUCCCCAAUAAGACAUACCUUAGUGAACAUCAGAGAAUUCAUACUGGAGAGAAACCUUAUGAAUGUAAUGAUUGUGGAAAGACUUUUCGAUGGAGUUCACAAUUAACUCUUCAUCAGAGAACUCAUACUGGAGAGAAACCUUAUAAAUGUAAUAAUUGUGAGAGGGCCUUCCGUAGCAAAUUGCAUCUUACUCGACAUCAGAGACUUCAUACUGGAGAGAAACCUUAUGAGUGCCAUGAAUGUGGCGAGGCCUUCCGCUGGAGCUCACAGUUGACUGUACAUCGGAAAAUUCAUACUGGAGAUGCUCCUUACAAAUGUGAUGAUUGUGGAAAGGUCUUCUGUUGGAGCUCACAAUUUAUUGAACACCAAAGAAUUCAUACUGGAGAAAAACCCUAUAAGUGUAAUGAUUGUGGAAAGGCCUUUGGCUGGCUCUCACAGUUUACUCGACAUCUAAGAAUACAUACAGGAGAAAAAACCUAUAAAUGUUAUGAAUGUGGAAAGACCUUCCUUGACAGUACAUAUCUUACUGAACAUCAGAGAAUUCAUACUGGAGAGAAACCUUAUGAAUGUAAUGAUUGUGGAAAAGUCUUCCAUUGGAGUUCAUAUCUUACUCAACACCAAAAGACUCAUACUGGAGAGAAGCCUUAUAAAUGUAAUGAAUGUGGAAAGAACUUCUGCUGGAGAUCACAGUUUACUCAACAUCAGAGACAACAUACUGGACUGAAACUAUAUAAGUGUAAUGAUUGUGGGAAAUCAUUCCUUAACAAGACUUAUCUUACUCAACAUAGGAGGACUCAUACCAGAGAGAAGCCCUAUAAGUGUAAUGAAUGUGGAAAGAACUUUCGCUGGAGCUCACAGUUUACUCAACAUCAGAGACUGCAUACUGGAGUGAAACUCUAUCCAUGUAAUGAUUGUGGAAAGUCAUUCCUUAGUAACACAUACCUUACUCAACAUAAGAGGACUCAUACAAGAGAGAAGCCUUAUAAGUGUAAUGAUUGUGGGAGGACCUUCCGCUGGAGCUCACAGUUUACUCAGCAUCAAAGACUACAUACUGGAGUGAAACUUUUUAAAUGUAAUGAUUGUGGGAAGGUAUUUCCCAAUAAGACAUACCUUAGUGAACAUCAGAGAAUUCAUACUGGAGAGAAGCCUUUUGAAUGUACUGAUUGUGGGAGAGCCUUCCGAUGGAGUUCACAGUUAACAAUACAUCAGAGAACUCAUACUGGAGAGAAGCCUUAUAAAUGUAACAGUUGUGAGAAAGCUUUCCGUUGCAAACUAAACCUUAAUCGACAUCAGAGAAUUCAUACUGCAAAAAAAGUCCGGACUCUGCAGAGCGGUUGCCACGGAAACGUUAAUAGGAAUCAAAGUAUCCUCCGGAGCUCGGGAGGCGAGUUAGGGACAAGAGCAGGAAGGGGCGGAAGGAAGUGCACUGACAACUCUUCCGGUUCCUCUCUGCUGUCACUCCAAUAUCCCGACUUCAUGGACUUGCUUUGUGUCUCCUCCACCCUCCCUGUCCUGGACCCGGGAGCUGGUGUUACUCCGGCCUUCAGCCCUCCUUUUGCCUUUGGAACAUCAGCCCUUCUCCUGAAGGGCGGGAUGGCCCCUGUAUUCCUGACAGCACUAGACUUCCAAAAGAUCCAAAAAAGUUUAGUGACGUUCAAGGAUGUGGCUGUGGAUUUUACCAAGGAGGAAUGGAGAAACCUGGACCCAUCCCAGAAAGAGUUAUACAGGGACGUGAUGCUGGAGAACUAUAGAAACCUUGUCUUCUUGGGACUUACAGUUUGGAAACCAGAUGUGAUCUCUCAUUUGGAAGAAGGGGAAGCACCUUGGAUGCCAGACAGAGAACUACCAAAGAGCAACUAUUCAGGUUGGAAAACUAGGCCUGAAACCAAGGAUACACUUCAGCAAAGAUUCAGAAAGAAUGGUUUCCAUGACUCUAAAUUGGAAGAAUCCUGGGAAUAUUAUGCAAGUUUAGAAAGGCGACAGCAUAACAAUAAGGAGAAAUUUUCUAGAUCAAUCCUUACUCAGAAGCAGAUUUUGCAUACAGGAGAGAAACUUAACAACUAUGGAAAUGCUUUCUGCUGCUCCUCACAGUGUACCCAACAUAAAAAUUUAUAUACUGGAGAAAAGCCUUAUGAAUGUCCUAUAUUUGGAACAGCAUUGCCCACUAACAAAAACAUUAACCACCAUCAGAGAAAUAAUAAUAAAGAGAAGCCUUAUGAAUGUAAAGAUUGUGAAAAGGCCUUGAGUUCACAUUUAACUGAUCACCAGGAAAUCCUUAUUAUAAAGGAACCUUACAAAUGUAACAUUUGUGGGAAGGCCUUCUGCCAGAGCAUUCAGUUAACUGUACAUCAGAGAAUUCAUACUGGAGAGGAGCCUUACAAGUGUAAACUUUGUGGUAAGGUCUUCAGCAGGAGUUCACAGUUAAGUGGGCAUCAUAGAAUUCAUUCUGGAGAGGAGGCUUCCAAUAAAUGUAAUAUUUGUGGGAAGACUUUCCGCAAGAGUUCACAGCUAAUCCUACAUCAGAGAAUUCAUACUGGAGAGAAGCCUUUCAAAUGUAAUUAUUGUGAGAAAGCCUUCCGACGGAGUUCAAGGUUAACUCAACAUCAGAGAAUUCAUACUGGAGAAAAACCUUAUGAAUGUAAAGAUUGUGGGAAGGCCUUCCACCAGAGUUCAGGGUUAACUCAACAUCAAAGAAUUCAUACUGGAGAGAAACCUUACAAAUGUAAUGAUUGUGGAAAGGCCUUCCGUAGGAGAUCAAAACUAACUCAACACCAGAGAAUUCAUACUGGUGUGAAGCCUUAUGAAUGUAAAGAUUGUGGGAAGGCCUUCCACCAGAGUUCAGGGUUAACUCAACAUCAGACAAUUCAUACUGGAGAAAAGCCUUUUAAAUGUAAUGAUUGUGGAAAAGUCUUCCGCCGGAGUUCAAAGUUAAUUCAGCAUCAGAGAAUUCAUACUGGAGUAAAGCCAUAUGAAUGUAAAGAUUGUGGAAAGGCCUUCCACCAGAGUUCACAAUUAACUUUACAUCAUAGAAUUCACACUGGAGAGAAGCCUUUUAAAUGCAGUGAUUGUGGGAAGGCCUUCCAUCAAAGUUCAGAAUUAACAAUACAUCAGAGAAUUCAUACUGGAGAAAAGCCUUACCAAUGUAACAAUUGUGGGAAGGCCUUUUGCCGUAGUUCUAAAUUAACUGCACAUCAGAAAAUUCAUACUGGAGAGAAACCUUUUAAGUGUAAUGAUUGUGGGAAGGCCUUCCAUCAGAAUUCAGAGUUAACUGUACAUCUGAGGAUUCAUAAUGGAGAGAAACCUUACAAAUGUAACCAUUGUGGGAAGGCCUUCCACCGUAAUUCAGAGUUAACUCGACAUCAGAGAAUUCAUACUGGAGAAAAGUCUUACAAAUGUAAUGAUUGUGGAAAGGCCUACUACUGGAGUUCAGGGUUAAUUCGACAUCAGAGAAUUCAUAUUGGUCAGAAGCCUUAUGAAUGUAAAGAUUGUGGGAAGGCUUUUCAUGGGAGUUCACAUUUAAUUCGACAUCAGAGAAUUCAUACUGGAGAAAAGCCUUAUGAAUGCAAAGACUGUGGAAAGACCUUCCGUAUCAAAGUACACCUUACUCUUCAUGAGAGACUUCACUCUGGGGGAAAGCCUUAUAAAUGUUAUGAAUGUGGGAAAGACUUCUACUGGAACUCACAGUUAACUAUACAUCAGAGAAUUCACACUGGAGAGAAACCUUACAAAUGUAACAUUUGUGGAAAGGCCUUCCCCCAGAGUUCAGAAUUAACUCGACACCAGAGAAUUCACACUGGAGAGAGGCCUUACAAAUGCAAUGAUUGUGGGAAGGCCUAUAACCAGAACUCAGAAUUGACUCGACAUCAGAGAAGUCAUACUGGAGAGAAGCCUUACAAAUGUAGUAAUUGUGGAAAGGCCUUCAACCGUAAUUCAGAAUUAAUUCGGCAUCAGAAAAUCCAUCCUUGA